AUGAUUUAUAGUUUCAGGUACAUGCCAUCCUGUGGGAUUCUGAUGAUCCGAGCUCCCCAUGCUAUUGGCAGCCUCGAUUGGGAUGUCAGUGCCCAGCACAGUCGGACGUUCAUCAACUUUUCAGGGCCUUUCACUAACAAACGGAAGGAAUAUUCAGAAAGGAGGAUCAUUGGUUACUCCAUGCAGGAAAUGUAUGAUGUUGUGUCCAAUGUGGAUGAAUACAAACACUUUGUUCCUUGGUGCAAGAAAUCAGUGGUGGUCUCUAAGCGCACGGGUCAUGCAAAGGCCCAACUGGAAGUUGGAUUCCCUCCCAUCGUAGAACGUUACACAUCGAUUGUGACAUUGGUGCGGCCCCAUUUGGUGAAGGCUGUCUGCACGGAUGGGAAGCUGUUCAACCAUCUGGAGACUAGCUGGCGUUUCAGCCCUGGCAUUCCCGGCUACCCUCGCACAUGCACAGUGGACUUCUCAAUUUCUUUUGAGUUCCGCUCCUUGCUGCAUUCACAACUGGCCACGGUUUUCUUCGACGAGGUGGUCAAGCAGAUGGUGGCAGCCUUUGAGCGGCGAGCAGGAGUGACCUUCGGCCCCGAGACUCGCAUUCCCCGAGAGCUGAUGUUCCACGAGGUCCACCAGACGUGA